GUAAACAACAAUGGCGAAAAUUUGAGCAAAUGAAAGUUUGUUUCAAUAGUAAAUGGAUUUUCACUAGCCAACAUUUACAUAGGAUUUGUUUCUUUUGUUUGUAGUUGUGUUCAGUAAAAAAGCUUUUGAAAUUAUCAAAAUUGAGCGAAACAUCAGUCGAAUACAAAGUUGAUAUGUCGUGAAAUUGUAGGCGAAUGAAUAUAAAUUGUUGUGUUGUGAAUUUGAUGUAAAUCUAUGGAGAAAGUGGUGUCUAUCAGUUUCAAUCAAGAUCAUGGUUUGUAAUUAUUUUGUGCUUCUUGAUUGUAUUGUUUCAGUAGAAGUUUUUAGACUAGCUAUUGAUGUAAUCGAUUAUUCGAUGACAUGAUCGAUAGAUCGACUGUUAAUCAAUAAAAACUGGUGUAAUUAUGAUUCCAUUAUUGGUUUUUGGCCCAGGGAUUUAGCAGAUAAUCAGCUUUCAGGUUGAUUAUUUGAUUGCUUUAAUGAUUGGUUACUUCAUUGAUUGUUUGAUCAAAUAAUUUGAUUGGUUAUAUGUCAUUGAUUGAUUAAUUGCCUUGACUAAUUGAUUGAUAUAAUUUCACUGACUGAUUGAUUGGCCAAAUUAUUGAUUGAUAGUUGGUCUAAUUAAUUAACUAAUUAUCUAACUGACUUAUUACUUAAAGAACUAACUAAUUAUCUAAUUAACUAACUUAUUAUUUAAUGAACUAACCAACUAACUAACUUUAGAAUUAUCUAAUUAACUAACUAAUUAUCUAAUUAUCUGAUUAACUAACUAAUUAUGUAAUCAACUAAGUCUUUCAUCAAAACAUUAUAUUUCAGGUUGUUUUGCAAGUGCAAUGCAGAAUGGUUUCAAGAUCUAUAACACAGAACCUUUGUCACAAAAAUUAAGCAAAGGUACUGUGGACCUUACCCCAGGAGCAGUAUAUAAUUUGUCCUGCAGGGGGGGGGGGGGCACAGGCCCCCAGUCAGGCAGAUUUUCUUUUAUUUGGUAUAAUAUAUUUUGUCGUGACAUUAAAAUGCUGAGAUGAAAAUGAUGCUUAAAAUCCCUUAUAAAGUUGGCCAAUUAAAUUCAUCAAUGUCAGACAAAUUUAUGUCCGUCUGCCCCCCCCCCUUAUUUUUUCCACCUGUACACUAUGUAUUAACCCAUGCCACAUAUGCCACAGUUCACUCAAGAAAUAAAGAAUGUAUAUUUAUGAGCUUUCUUUAUGAUCUCUAUUUGUUAAUUUACUUGUUUGUACAUACUUAGAGCUGGAUGGUGGUGUCUCCCAAGUUGAAAUGUUACACAGAAGUAAUUUAGUAGCAAUUAUAGGAAAUGGCAUGGGAACAUACUCAAACAAUAAAGGUUAUUUUUUUUAUUCAGAUGACUUUCCAUAAUACUAUCCCAAGAUGUCACAAGGAUUUGAGUUAAGAUUUAGGUCAUGAUUACAGGUUCUGAUUAGGGUUGUAGAUUGGUUUUGUAGAUGGAGUAAAUUCGUCAGGCAUUAGACGGAGUAAAAUAAUAAGGUAGGGUGCAUCUGGGUGCAUUGCCACUUAAAGGGUUAAUAUGGAAAUGACUACCCAAUAUAUUAAUUUUAUUUUUUUAUAGUUUUCAUUUGGGAUGAUAAACUUGGCAAAUUUGUGUUAGAGUUUAAGUUUAAUAUACCAGUAUUUAGAGUGAGACUAAGGAAAGACAUGUAAGUGAUCAUUUGUAUAGUACACAAUUGCUUUCAAAUUUGUAAAAAAUAAUUUUUGUCCCACUUUAACCAUGUGAUGACUAUUAGCUUUCUAUUUUUAAAGGAUAUUUUUUGUGCUAAGAACAAGAAUUUAUGUUUGUUCAUUUCCAAAUGAUCCCAAGAAAAUUUUGUACUUUGAAACAAGAGAAAAUCCAAAAGGUAUUGAUAAAAAAUCUGCAGUGACAUGGACACAUAAUAAGUCAUACAGAAGCCCAACUUCUUGGUUUUUCCUAUGAUUUUCCAAUGAUUUUGGCAUAACUGUAAUUCAUAACCAGUGAGCAUGUUUGAGAGGCAUUCACCCCCCUGAUAAUAUUCAAAAUGGCAGACGUCCAGGGGGGAUGCCUCUCAAAUGCACAGCACUGGCUAGGACCAUAUGGCAUCAGCAUUUUGAUGAUGAAUCAUGGCGUGGCAGCGGUUACUCGAGUCUACCUUCUGUGUGUCUUUAUUCUGUGUCAUGGAUAUGUCUAGUGGAAUCUCAACCUCAUACCCAGGGCUAGCCGUGAGUUGCCUUCAACGCGUGGCUAGCCCUGGGUACAAGGUUGGUGGAAUCUCUGAUUUACUUGGGUGCAUUUUUGUUUUUUGUAUUAUACAGGUUUAUGUCAAGUGUGCCCAAAUCAUGAAAAAUCAUUGAUUGUUUUUCCUGCAAAGAAAUGUGGAGCAAUUGAAAUCAGUGUAUGUUAUUCCUAGAAUUUCUCAUUUCAAAAGAUAGCUGGAGAUCUGAACAAAAUAAAUGUGCCAUAUUUCACUUGUCACGUAACAAGUUGGUGACAAGAAGCUGGUAGCAACUUGUUAUGGACAGUUUGGUCUUGUUGGAACAACUUGGAGCAAGUCUGUUUCCGUCAUCAACCUUGUAACAAAGUGAAUUGUUGUAAAAUGAGGAAAAUAUAAACCCUGUGAAGUUCGCAAACUUUGUAUAUAUUUGCAUUACGCGCGCAAAAAAUAACCAUUGAGCCGAUCAAAGUGGUUAUUUUUACCGCGCGUAAUAUCUGAAAUAUAUACAAAAUUUGCGAAAUUCAUAGGGCUAUAUGUUGUUCAUUUUAUAACAUUUUGCAACCAAUCUUUGCAGUUUUACUCAUUCUAAGACGCUCUUUCUAGCUGUGGUGUUGGAUGUCGUUCUUCUUGCCUUGAUCAAAAUUUAGUCUAUAGCCGGGAAUCAUCCAUUACAACUUGCGCGUUUUUACGUGUGUAGUCUUCAGAGAGAUUAACUACUGUAUGCAAUAUACAUUGAGUAAAGCCCUGGGUAAACUAUAUAGGAAACAUUGUUGCGGAAACAUUGUUUCCUACCAAUGUUUCACCAUAUUUCCAAGAGUGCGCAAACACUAGGAAACAUUAGUGAGAAACAUAGGGAAACAUCAAAUGUUUCUGAAUUCGCUAGGAAACAUUUUUGCUUCUCGGGAAGCAAAUUUUGUUUCCGCAACAAUGUUUCCAUGGGUGGGCAAACAGGGAAACAUUUCCCGAAACAUCGAGAAUCAUUAUACAAUUACUUUAUGGUUUCCGUGUUUGGAUGGCCUGAUCCAAACACGCGGGAAUGUUGCGAGAGUUAAGAAAAGCGCGCGAAACACGAGCCGAAGGCGAGUGAUUUUGCGCGCUUUUCUUAACUCGAGCAACAUUCCCGCGUGUUUGGAUCAGGCCAUCCAAACACGAAAACCAUAAAGUAAUUGUUUUAUAAAAUAACAGCAACACGAUAGUCUUCCGUGUUCGGAUGGCCUGAUCCAAACACGGGUUUCGACCAAUCAGAGCACGCGUUAUAUACAUGUUAUUUUAUAAAAAUGUUUCCACAACAAUGUUUCCUAAUUUUUUCUGUGUUGGUGCAAUGUACUCAGGUGAAUAUGAUGCUUGUGAUGUUACUCUGAGUGUAUAUCCACACCGGACAAGCUUGAAAAAUAUGCCUGACCACGGUGGGAAUCGAACCUACGACCUUUGGAAUACUAGCCCAAAUCAUGAUUAUUAGAUUACAUUGAUAUCGAAGGAACUAGAUUCUGUUCCGAAAUAUCACAUACUCGAACCGACCAGACCGCGUAGCUCAGUUGGCAGAGCAUUGGGCUAGCAUUCCAAAGGUUUCCUAGUUUGCCCAGAGCUUAACCAUCUUGCCAUUACCUGGAAAUAAGAUUUCUUUAAAACUUCAAUUCUUCCUCAGGAUCUUUCAGCAGUUCAACCUGGCGUGUCAUCGUCUCCUGUCACGAUCAGCGCACACCAAGGAGAAAUAGCGUGUCUGGCAUUUAACCAACAGGGAACCAUGGUCGCUACCGCCUCUGAUAAGGUCGGCUGUCAUUUUCUAAAGCAAUUACAUUUUACCAAUGUCAUGAAGGGAACACAUCCUAAUCCGUAAAGUACUAAGUCACAUUUUAACUAACGUUCCUAGAGUAAACACUUUAACUUUUCAAAAUAGCUACGUAUUUGAAUAGAGCUCCUAAAACAUAUAAUUGCUUGCCACCAUAUAUCCGUGACGCCAUUGGCCAAAUGAAAUCAUACUUGUUGAAAUAUCACGAAAUGACUGAACUUAUAUAUGACAGUAAUGUACCACAAUCAUUUAAAACUGUCUGUGUUAAAUGUCACUCCUUUGUCGAGCCUUGUAGAUAUGAUGUGUUGUAAUUGAUGUAGUGGAUAGUUUAAGAGACCCUAAGAAUGGGGCAAUCACCAUGCAGUCAUUUAUGUCAAAGCUCGUUAAAUAAAAAUUAAUUUUCACUUCUUUCUAUAGGGCACACUGAUUCGCGUGUUUGACACGCAGAGUAAGCAGUUGGUUGUGGAACUAAGACGAGGCGCUGAUCAUGCAACACUAUACUGGUACAGGACUCUCUACGUUCGUUAAAGGCACAGUUCAGCCUUUUGAACGAUGAUUUUUAAGGCGCAUUUGAGCCCUUUUAAUUGAAAAACUAACUAGGAAAAUCAAUUAAGCAUAACUCAAAAUCAGUAAACUCGAUGUUUUUAACAAUAUAAAUGUUUUAAAAUGUUAAAAACAUUAAGUUUGGUGAUCUUGAAUUAUGCUUAAUUGAUUUUCCUAGUUAGUUUUUUCAAUUAAAAGGGCUGAAAUGCGCCUUAAAAACCAUCGUUCAACAGGCUGAACUGUGCCUUUAAGUCUGGUUUACACCAUCAAAGUUUCUGUGAUCACAGUAGAAAUUGGUCAUCAUUAAAUUCUAAGUUUUGACGAAUUUGUAAGAAAUGUUAGAGGGAACUUACUUACUGUUAAACACCAAGUCAGUUCCCUCAAACAUUUCUUACAAAUCCUUCAAAACUUAGAAUUUACCAUGCAAAAUUCCUACUGUAAUCACAGAAACUUUGAUAUUGUAAACCAUGCUUUAUAACACUCAGUAAGUUCCCUCAAACAUUUCUUACAAAUCCUUCAAAACUUAGAAUUUACCCAUGCAAAAUUCCUACUGUAAUCACAGAAACUUUGAUAGUGUAAACCAUCCUUUAUAACACUCAGUAAGUUUCCUCAAACAUUUCUUACAAAUCCUUCAAAACUUAGAAUUUACCCAUGCAAAAUUCCUACUGUAAUCACAGAAACUUUGAUAUUGUAAACCAUGCUUUAUAACACUCAGUAAGUUCCCUCAAACAUUUCUUACAAAUCCUUCAAAACUUAGAAUUUACCCAUGCAAAAUUCCUACUGUAAUCACAGAAACUUUGAUAGUGUAAAUAGGCUUUAACUCUUUAAGAGGCAAUGCACCCAGAUGCGCCCUACUUUAUUAUUUUGACUCUGUCUAACGCCAAAAGAUUUUACUCUCAGGGGAAGAGUGCUGCCACUCAAUGGGUUAAUCAGACUAUCUGUCCAUGCACCCUGUUAACCCUUUAAGAGGCAAUGCACCCAGAUGCACCCUACUUUAUUAUUUUACUCUGUCUAAUGCCAGAUGAUUUUACUGUCUAACGCCAGACGAUUUUACUCGUCAGGGGGAGAGUGCUGCCACUCAAUGGGUUAAAAUACGUGUAUAGUCGAAAUAAGAGGCUGGAAAUUUUCAUCCUGUAUAUAAGAAAUUUUUGUUAUGAUUUAGUAUCAACUUCAGUCAUGAUUCAUCGUAUCUGUGCGCCUCAAGUGACAAGGGAACUGUGCAUAUCUUUGCACUUAAAGACACAUCAUUGAAUAAACGAUCUACGUAAGUUCAAUGUAUGAUUUGAUGCUUUGAUCUAGACAAGAAAAACGAAGCCAUUACCAUAGCAGGAAAGAGCGUCUUAAAAUUAGUAAAAUUACAAAGUUUGGUUUGGUUUAAUGUUGGUUUUUCCACAAUUUUCCAGGUUAUCAAAGAUGAGUUUCCUUGGACAAUACGUAGAGUCGCAAUGGGCUUUGGCCAACUUUACUGUUCCUUCUGAAUGUCCGUGUAUCUGCGCAUUUGGCCCUGGCAAUUCUGUCAUAGGUGGGAAGACUUUAUGUUCUGUCCUUCUAUCAGUUCUAAACUGUUCUCCCUGGAGGUCCAGUAAGGAUCAUCUCUUAUUGAUCCAGUGUUACUACAGGAGGAAACCUAAGCUAACUUUAUUUAUACUGGACAGCUCUAUCAGUUCUAAACUGUUCUUCCUAGAGGUCCAGUAAGGAUCAUCUCUUAUUGAUCCAGUGUUACUACAGGAAGAAACCUAAACUAAGCUAACUUUAUUUAUACUGGACAGCUCUAUCAGUUCUAAACUGUUCUUCCUAGAGGUCCAGUAAGGAUCAUCUCUUAUUGAUCCAGUGUUACUACAGGAGGAAACCUAAACUAAACUAACUCUAUUUAUACUGGAUAACUCUAUCAGUUCUAAACUGUUCUCCCUAGAGGUCCAGUGGCAGUAUGUUUAGUACAGAAGUGUUGACUCACCUUUUUAAUCCUUUUGUUUUCAGCGAUCUGCGUUGAUGGAACAUUCCACAAAUAUAUUUUCACUCCUGAUGGCAGCUGCAACAGAGAAGCAUAUGAUGUAUUUUUAGAAGUAACAAGAGAAGAUGACUUUUAAAUAGACUGCGGACUGUGCGAAAUAUAACCUCAAGUUAGCUCGGCAGUUAAACCUCGGCCUAUACGAAAUAAAAAUGUGGGCGUUCCGAAGUGAAACCUUAAAAUAGACGCAGUAGUUAUGUACGAGACGAGAUCGCAUACAGUCUAGUUAUUGAUCGAUCAUGUUUUCGCUCGCUACUUUGGUUUAUAUAAAUGAUUAAAUUAAUACAAAAGUUACAAAGCCCAGUCGAAUUGUAAUCAAGACCCAACGUUUCGACAUUAUGAUUCGACUGGGCUUAAAGGGCUUUGUAUUCAUUUAUAUCAUCUAUCGAGUAGCGAGCGAAAACAUGAUUGAUGUACCUGGUUGGGAAUUAUCAGAGUGAGAAAAUAAUUCAGAAUUGAUAUUUUACAAGGCAAUUGAUAUGUUACACGCCCCUCGUGGAAAUCAGCUUCAGUUGACGAGGUCAGCGCGUGUUUAGUAAAAGUUAUAUAUCUAUAUCUAUAUAAUUUAUUUUGUUCUGGUUUAUGUAUUCACUAGUAUAAAAAAACAUUAAAAAGUUACUAAAAGUUAAAAG